AUGUCUAAAGUCCAAAUUCCCAAGGCAUUUUGGGUGAAAUAUUGUGGCUCCUUGUCGAGUCAAGUAUACCUUAAGCUUCCAUGUGGAUCAAGAUGGGAGGUAGGGUUGACAAAAACUGAUGGAAAGUUCAAUGUUAUCAUAUUCGACAAAACAAUUGUGGAGAUAGAUUAUCCUUCUAAUCAUAACAAUUUUGGGAAGCAUUAUGUUGAAACUGAUGUUUGUAUUGAUGUUUUGGGAAGCUAUCCUAAAGCCAGGGACAAACCUCCAUUACCAUGUUCUCGUCCAAACAAGAAAAUGAAAACUAAUCCAUAUGUCAUGAAGUGGGAUUUUUCUGAUAAAGUAUGUGGAGAUUCUCCCCUACCAAGGUGGAUGGAACCUGAAUAUUUUUUAAGGAAGCAGAAGUUGAAUGCAAAAGAAAUUGCUGAAGCCCUUAAGAGAGCUAAAGGUUUUAAAUCUAAAGAUCCCUUUUUCAUGAUUUGCAUGCGACCAUCGUUUGUUGUAACUAAGCUUAAUAUGAUUAUACCAUCUGUCUUUGCAAAACAUUACCUCCUCAGUACUAACAACUCUAUGAAGCUGAUAUCUGAAGUAAAUACUGGUAAUCAAGGUACUUGUAAGAGGCCUUCAUCUUCUGGACUUAGUAGAGCUUCUGAAGCAGCCAACCAAUUCUUCUCGAAAAAUCCUUACUUCCAAGUGAUUUUGCGAUCAAAUCACGUGCUUGGAUGUGUACUGCAUAUUCCAUGUACUUUUGGAGUGCAUUAUUUUGAGGAAAAGACACAAACUGUGAUGCUUUGGGUUGGUGAGAAAUAUUGGUAUGUGAAGUUAUUGGCUUAUAAAUCAGAUUUUAAAUUUUCUGCUUGGUGGGCUGCAUUUGCAAAAGGGAACUCUCUUCAGCCAAGAGAUGUAUGCAUCUUUGAGCUGAUUAAGAGAAAUCAAUCUAAGAUGAAAGUUUAUAUAUUUAGACAAAGUGGUUUGGCUCAAGAGUAG